AUGCAGGAGCGGAAGGACUUACCGGUCAAAAACAAAACGAAUAAUGACCAUAAGCAAAUAAAAUAAAAAUGGGGCGACUGAGGGUUAAAAUCAUAUUUAAACCAAUUGAAAUUUCAGUCGAAUUGAAUUGAAAUUAUUCUUCAUUAUCAGAUAUCAUCAUCAUCAAUUGAACAAGGUUUGUCAAAAUGUUAACUAGAUUAGGAUUAAACCCAGGUGCUGUCAACACAUUCCAUUUUUUUGCUUAUUCAAUUACCUUUGGUGGUUCAUUAUAUUAUUCCUAUGUUAUUUCACCAUUGGUAUUUAAGAAAUUACCAAGAGAAGAAUUCAGUAAUUUACAAAACCAAGUAUUUCCAACUUAUUUCAUUGGUCAAGUUAUUGGACCCAUUGUGAUUGGUUUAAGUAGUCCAUCCAAAUUAUGUCCAUUUACUACUGGAUUAUUAGCUUUAAGUUCCCUUGGGGGUUUGAUUAAUUAUUAUUGGUUAUUACCAGUUUGUCGUACCAUUAAAGAAGAAAGAAAUAAAUUGGUGGCUGCUAAAUUAGAUAAAGAUGAUAAAGGUGAAUUAACUGAAGAAUUCAAACAAUUGAAUAAGAAGUUUGGUAUUUAUCAUUUACUUUCUACUUUUGUUAAUACCACUGCCAUCUUAGAGUUAGGUAUUUAUGGUUGGGUCUUAUCUAGAAAGAUUAAAAUCUAAUUGAGUGACAUAUAUUCUGUAUAUCUGUCUGUCUGUCUAUCGAAUGUAAAUAGUUGUUAUUAGUUUAAUUUUGUUAUUAAAUUAUUUUAAAAAAUAAA